AUAACACAAUCGAAGCAAGGGAUCGCGUAAUAGAGUGGCAUAUGAAGAAAUGUGUGGAAUAUAAUCGUUAGAAAUAAAAGAUUGAGAUUUAUCAUCACCAUAUAUCUCUAUAUCUAUACAUAUAGAUUUUAGUGAGAGAAAGUUGUUUAGAGAGAGAAAGAAAGAAGGUUUUAAGUGGCCGCCAUUUUUAAUAUUGUGGAGUUAGAUUCAUUGGAGGUUUUUGAAAUUUGAUUCUAAUCAGGUAUUUGAAACCCUAGCUUGGCUUACUUGUGUGUAUGUAUAUGUGUGUGUAUGUAUAUGUUGUAUGUAUAUGUUAUGUGUUUUUGAUAUAUUGUUGAGAUUUGAUGGUUGUGGAUGGUUAUUAAUGAUUUGGAAGUGGUUUUGUUUGAAGAGGAAAUUUGAGUUAUUCAAGAAAGAAGGUUUCUUGAAUCAUUGAAGAACUCGUUUUUUUCGGAAUCUUGUUAAUGCUUUAUAUCUUGCUUGGUGGAUCUGUGGUUUAUGUCUACUUAGGGUUUUAGUACAUUUUGGGAUCUAAUUUGAGUUAUUCACCAAGUGGUGUUACAGGUUAAAUUAGGGUUCUCUAAAUCUGAGUUAAGUAAGAAUAGAUGGGUUCGAGGCGAAAAAGGAUGGAUGGAAUGGCUUUUACUAGUCAGGUUUCUGUCUUAAUGGAGAUUAGGGAUCUGGCAACUCUGUUGGAUUAAAGUCUGAUCACAUGUUAUGCUUUGCCACUUAGAUGAUUCACAUGAUUGUGAUGGAAUGGAAGGCUGUCGAUCCGUCACAUGUUGCAACGAUUGCCUUAAUAGAGUUGACUCCCUUUUGUAGAAAGUUUCUCUUUGCUUUCGAGCUGAUUUAUGUUUGUAUGUUUGACUUACAAUGCCAUAGGCUAUAUGUUUUAAUACAGAUCUUGGGUUGGUUAGUUAUAUUAAGAUCUAAAAAUAGAUCUUUUGAAAUAUAACGGAAAUAUUUUUGGCGGCGACAUGAAAUCACUUUUGCAUUAAUUGCUUCGUGUGUAGACUUAUUAUGUUUGUUAUGUAUAUGUCUUUGAUGCUUUACAGACUGUGAUUUUGAGUGCUUACCUUCAAAGACCAAACAAUGAGGGGCUCUAAUGAUUCAUCUAUGUACCCCGGCUAUUGGAUCAAGCAAAAGCAGUGGCAGAACCGUAUCCUGCAACUGUGGUGAAAGACCUGCAGUUGAUGGAAAGAAGUCUAUAAGUUGUGUGCUUAGUACUGUUUUGGAACUGUCUAGUUUGAUUGAUUCUGACUUUACCUGGACAAAAGUUUCUAAAGGUUGUAGAAGUUCAUCAACAAGACCUCGUGGGUCAAAUACAAUUGGUUUAGAUUGCGGAGAACUGUUUAGUAAAGGUUUCAAAGGGUUGGAAAUGCCUGUUUCUGAAUCUGAAAAGUUGGGAGUAUCUAUUCUUGGCUGCCACUUCGGGGAAAAGGCUGAACACAUACCGAUCAAGAAAAGGAGAUUUUUAAUCAGGGCGUCAUCUCCCCCAUGUAACGACCCUAAUCUGUCACUGGGGGUUGCAGAAAGACAUGCCACAAGUCCCAAAGCCUCGUGUCAUGGGCUUCUGUUAAAUCCAAAUGCAAAUUGUCUGCCUACGGUAUCUGAAGGAGCUCAUAUUAGUGGAAUAGGUAGCAAUGAUGAAAAGCUGGAUGUAAAGAAGCUCGUGAAGGAUGAUGACUUCUCUGGCAUAUCUAUACUUGCUGCUGCAGCAUGUAGUAACAGUUUAGGAGCUGAAGCGGAUCACUCUGAGGGGUCAGGAAUUGUCUCAUCUGUGAACAAGAAUCAUGAAAUUUCAACGGCUGCUGAAGUUAAUGAACAAGAGUUGAAAGUCAAAGAAUCUGAUCCGCAUAUGUCCACAACUCCAUUCAAAGUUGAUGAAUCCACAUGUAAUAACUCGGCUUCACAGGCCCCUCUGGAAUUAGCAUUUAGCAAGACAAAUCAGGAUCCAAGCAUACAGAAGUCCCCUGUCCGAGAUGCCAGAUUCAGCUGGGACUUGAAUACUGUCAUGGAUGCAUGGGAAGAACCGAUUCUGAACGAGCAUGAAGUUUCUGCACCUGAUGUUGCAAAUGACAAUGACCCACGUGUGGAAGAGAAAAAGAAUGGUUAUACGAAAGACAUCUCUGAAAGUAAAUCACAAAACAUCAGCUGUCAAAAUUUAUCCAUUCACCUGAAAAGCUUGGUUCAUGAAAAUGAGGAGUUGAAGCUAGGAAAAUGUGAACCAUUCUCCUGUGGAUUUGGUAAUGCUCAACAUGCCAUGGCUGUGAAAACCGAGCUCAAGAAUAUAGAUAAUGUUGAUGAUACUAUUCCUGUUACUAGAAACCUUACCGUGGAGAACUCAACACAUGGUAAUUUUUCAAGGUGGGUGAAUUUCCAGAGCCAGAGCCCCAGUGGUUUUGGUAGUGCUGAAGUGGACACAAAGUUGUCAAUGGAUUGUUCUGUACCUCCUGGUUUUGAUCAUUGUCUAACGUUGCAUUCUUCUAAAGAGAAUGUUGGUUUUUCGCCUACAAUUGUUGACUCUACUGCUACUGCCACAGAAACGGUCAUGCCUAAACAUGAUUUAUCACUUGCAAGUGCAACAUCUUCAGAAAAUGGACCGCUUUGGAGGGAGGUCACUUUUAAUAAAGUUGAUGAUGAAGCCAUGACGAAAAUGGAGUUAACUACCAAUGUGGUUGCUGUGGAGAAUAUGGUCAUCAAGGAAGAAGCUGAUAAAGAAGGUUUGAAACCGGUAGAUCAGAUUACCUUUGGUGCUCAGCUUGUGGGACCCUCAUCAGUGAUGGUGGAGGACCAACCUGCUGCAAUUUCUUUCAUGCAUGAUGCUGCUCGCUCUGAUGCUGAGGCGCCAUUGGAGAAUGGAUUUGGUUAUGCUAAUUUGCAGAGUGAUAAUAGAGCUGGAUAUGGGGUUGAUAAACAGGACGAGCUCUCAGUGGGAUAUGAUUCCCAAUACGAAGAUGGAGAACUAAGGGAAUCGAGUAUGCAUGCUUGGAAAGGAUGUGAGUUAAAUAAUGAAGAAUACGAAUACGAUAUGGAAAACAGAGAAGAUGAUUAUAACCUGCGUGUUGUUGAUCCCCGUGAAACUAGCUCUCAAAAUGGACAAGGUGGUUCCUCGGGAAUGGUAAAUGCCAUUGAAGCCGGAUUUGGAAGAGAAGCAGAUUUAACAUCUAAUUUGGUGUUGCCAGAGAAACUUAACAGCAGUGAUGGGAUAUUAUCUGGUUCGGUACCAAAUGAAAAAAGCAAUGGUCAAGAAAACCGUGAAAGACAGCAUAUUGUGCAGAAUGCAAACCACUCAGAGUGGAAGAUGAAUGUUUCAGGAUGGGAUAUUUUACCUGAAAAUCAACGAAUUUCUUCAAAUAAUUUCGCCAAAACCAGAAACUUCACUGGUCGAAAGUUCUUCUAUGGUGAACAAAAAGACAGAUUUGAAACCGGGGAUGUUGAGAUGAGAGCUGAAGGCUCAAGAUUCUAUCAAAAAGAAUCACUAACUCGUAUUGCAGGUCCAUCAACUCGUGAUGAGUAUGUUGGCAGGGAUAGAUUCCGGAUGCAAGGAUGCAGUUCCAAGGCUGACGAUGGUUUUACUCCAAGACCAGAGAGGGAAUCGGAUCGAUUAAGAUCUUUUGGACGGGGUAGAUACUCGCCUCAUCAUCGUUCUAGUGGCCGGGGAGCUGGUAUGUGGAAUCGUUCCCCAGAAAGGGGUAGGGAUCCUAAGCGCCUUUCUUCGCCAUCUUACCAGGGUCCCUCUUUCGCUCGUUCUAUGCUAGAGGAUUCUAGAACCGUGGAUAAUAUAGCAAAUGAAGGUGGUAUGGAUUCAAGUCGCCGUGGCAGAUCUAAUACUUCAUCAUAUGUUACCCGUCGACCUUUUAGAAGCAGGUCGCCAUUGAAUCGGGAAGCACAAGAUUUUCGUGCACGUUUAGGUCUGAGACCAUCUGGAGACACAGGUCAUGAUAGGUUUGUGAAUCUGGGUCGGGGGAGGGGACGGGGGAGAUCUGUGAGAUAUGGUACACUGCUUGAUGAUGAGGGACCCCGGGGACGAUAUAAUGGACCUGCAGACGAAUGUGAUGAAUAUCUGACAGAAUAUCCACGUCCCUUCCCUAGGAGACGCCGCUGUUUUUCACCUAUAGAAAGAAGAGGAAAUACUUCUUAUCAACAUCACCAAUCCAAUUCACGAUCACCUUCGAGACCUCGAACUCGUUCUCCAAUUGGUAAUACUGGUUUUAGACGCCGCAGUAGAUCUCCUGAUUUCAGACAUGAUACUAGAAUCCGGCGGCCUAGAUCUCCCAAUUGUCGAGACCAUGCAAAUGAUUAUAAUUCAGGACCUCGAAACAAUAAUUCAUCUCCAAUGAGUUCCAGAUGGGUAAAUUACAAGGAUCGGCCUGUUUUUGACAGAAGAUCACCUCCACCUGGGAGGACUAAUGCACCACAGGGGGAAAGGUUUAGUUUUUAUGAUUCAAGAAAGAAACAGAACGAGUACUAUAGAUCUGGACAUCCGGGACAUUUCUCUGACCUAAAAGAAUCUGGGAGAAGCCGGCCCAGGUAUGUGGGAAAUGACAGUGAUCGACCCGAUAAUGGCUACAGACGUGGCGGGUUUGUUAGGCGGUACAACAUGGACACCCCAACAAAGCGCUUCCACUUUGAUGAAGACGAGCUUGGCCGUGGGUUUGAUGCUCGUGACCAACAUGCUUUGGAACUCCUUGCACGAGAAAAUCUGAACUCUGAUUCCAGCCCUAAACCAAGCAGCAAUGGAACAGAUAGCAGAUUUCGUGACUUUCCAAGGCGGGUGAGGGAAGAUAGUGACUUGAAAAGGCGGUCUAGAGAAGGGAAAGAUCCAAAAGAAAGUGAACACACAGAGGAUGAUUUAGCUAAACACCCUAAAGAAGAUAAAGACCAGUCUACUACUACAACUAGUACUACUAACCUUGACUCAAUGCCUAAUGAAGCCGUGAAAGGUGAUGAUAUUAAAACCAAUGUUGGGCCCUAACUAAGCCAUCUGAUCAUUCGUUUUGUGCUUGUUGCCCUUGCUGUAUUUAGGGAAGAGGAAUUGGGAAUACACAUACAUUCCUCUAGCAUUAAACCUUAGUGAAAUUUCUACUUUUUCAGCUUGAAUCUUGCUGCUCUCUGGUUCUGGCUGGCUUGGGUUUAAUUGGCAUUCAGAUUAGUCUAGUCUUUGUUUUGCAUUCACUUUUUUUUUUUUUUUUUAUAGUUUUUUCCCCCCGAAUAGAUCUCUCCUUAUAGCUCCUAGAGGCUACUAUUAGUUUACCUUGAAAUCAUGAUAUAAUUUCAAAUUUCUUUCA